GGGGGUUAAGGAAUCCACGCAAGGGGGUAACAGGCAACUUUGAGGGGGGCGUUAGCAGGAAGGGGGGUCCCCGUCCCUCCCCGGGGCGGGUCCCCUGAUUUCCCUUCGCUUUCUCUCCUCCUCUCGCUUGCUGUCACAUUCCUGCCGCUUGAGUCAGGCCUGGAGGCGGCGGCGGCGGCGGCGGGCUGCUGGCUGCACCAGGAAGCGCAGGGCCCGCACCAUGUAACUAAAGCGGAGGAAGAACGAGAAAGCAGGCGAGGGCAAGGAAGGCAGCCAGGACCGCCGGCUUGGCCAUGGAGGACGGCGGAGCCGACGAGGAGAUGGUGGAGCUGCCCCUCACCGACGCAAAUUUGACCGGUCAUGAAGAGAAAGUUGGCAUGGAAAACUUUGAACUACUCAAGGUUCUGGGCACUGGAGCCUACGGAAAGGUGUUCCUGGUGCGCAAGCUCAGUGGACAUGACAUCAAUAAACUGUAUGCCAUGAAGGUGCUGCGCAAAGCUGCCAUUGUGGCCAAGGCCAAGACAACGGAACACACGCGCACUGAGCGGACAGUGCUGGAACAUGUGCGCCAGUCGCCCUUUCUAGUGACACUCCAUUACGCCUUCCAGACGGACUCCAAGCUUCACCUCAUUCUAGAUUACGUGAGUGGUGGGGAGCUGUUCACCCACUUGUACCAACGGGACCACUUCUCUGAGGACGAGGUGCAGUUCUAUAGCGGGGAGAUCAUUUUGGCGCUUGAACACCUCCACAAGCUUGGCAUCAUCUACCGUGACGUGAAACUGGAGAACAUCUUACUGGACAGCGAGGGCCAUGUGGUGCUUACAGAUUUCGGACUGAGCAAGGAGUUUGUGACUGAGGAUAAAGAGCGGACCUUCUCCUUUUGUGGCACUAUCGAAUACAUGGCGCCAGAAAUUGUACGGAGCAAAAGUGGACACGGCAAGUCUGUGGACUGGUGGAGUUUAGGUAUCCUGAUGUUUGAGCUGUUGACUGGCGCCUCACCCUUCACCCUGGAGGGAGAAAAGAACUCACAGGCUGAGGUGUCCAGGCGGAUCCUGAAAUGCGACCCUCCGUUUCCAUCGGUCAUCGGCCGGGUAGCGCGCGACCUGCUGCAGAAGCUGUUGUGCAAGGAUCCCAAGAAGCGGCUGGGCUCGGGGCCCAGCGGAGCACAGGAGAUCAAAGAGCACCCCUUCUUCAGGGGCCUGGACUGGACGGAACUAGCGGCACGCAGGGUGAAGCCCCCCUUCAAGCCUCUCAUCCGCAGCGAGCUGGACGUGCGAAACUUCGCGGAGGAGUUCACCAGCUUGGAGCCCAUCUACUCCCCUGCUGGGACUCCCCCCAGCCUCGAACGCGUCUUCCAGGGAUAUUCCUUCAUCGCUCCUUCCAUCCUCUUCAACCGCAAUGCUGUGACUGCUGAUGUGCUCGGGGCUGCACUGGAAGGAGAACGCCCAGGAAGCUCUGCUGUGGCCCGCAGUGCCAUGAUGAAGGAUUCUUCGUUCUUCCAACAAUACGAGAUGGACUUGAAGGAGUCGCCGCUGGGCGAGGGCAGUUUCUCCUUGUGCCGCCGCUGCCGGCAGCGUCAAAAUGGGGCAGAAUUCGCAGUCAAGAUCAUCAGCAGAAGGAUGGAAGUGAAUACUCAACGUGAAGUGGCCGCCUUGAAGAUCUGUGAAGCGCACCCAAACAUUGUCAAGUUACAUGAAGUCCAUCAAGAUGAGUACCACACGUACCUGGUGAUGGAACUGCUCCGAGGCGGGGAGCUUCUCGACCGCAUCAAGAAGAAGCAGCAUUUUAGUGAGUCGGAGGCCAGUCAGAUCAUGCGCAGCCUGGUUUCUGCCGUCAGCUUCAUGCACGACGCUGGGGUGGUGCACCGCGACCUCAAGCCUGAGAAUAUCUUGUAUGCGGACGAGCCGGAGGGAGCCCCCGUGAAGGUGAUCGACUUUGGCUUUGCCCGCCUGCGCCCCCAGAACUCACAGCCCAUGCAGACUCCUUGCUUCACCUUGCAGUACGCUGCGCCUGAACUCUUGCAGGAUGGGGGCUACGACGAGUCUUGUGACCUCUGGAGCUUGGGGGUUAUCUUGUACACCAUGCUAUCUGGGCAGGUCCCCUUCCACAGCAGUCAGGAAGGGAGCGCAGCAAACCACGCAGCUGAGAUCAUGCACAAGAUCAAGGAAGGACGGUUCUCCCUGGACGGCGAGGCCUGGAAGAAUGUGUCUGAAGAGGCAAAGGAGCUGGUCAGAGGUCUCCUCACAGUAGACCCUGCCAAGCGGCUGAAGAUGUCAAGUUUGCGCUACAGCGAGUGGCUUCAAGAUGGAAGUGCCCUCUCUUCCACACCCCUCAUGACUCCAGAUAUUCUGGAGAGCUCAGGGCCCGCCGUGCGAACUGGCGUCAACGUUGCCUUUAUGGCCUUUAACAAGGGCAAGCGUGAAGGGUUUUUCCUGAAGAGCGUAGAGAACGCCCCCCUUGCCAAGCGGCGCAAGCUCAAGAUGUCAAGUACCGGGGCUGAAGCACGCCGCAGCAGCAGCUCCUCCUCUUCCUCAUCAGGCUCCUCCUCCGCAGCCUCCUCCCGCCCCCACAAAGCCAAGGUUCCCACGACCCGCCACGACCCCCCCUCGUAGCACGCCUCGGAAGGGGGUGCACGCUGAAGGGCAAAGGGAAGUGGGUAUUUAUUGUCUAUGUUGCUGUUGGGGGAGGAAGCCUUUUCCACCCCCCAUUUCCACUCCCACCCCACCCCCCAUAUGAUGUUAUCUUCAUUCAUGACAGGCUCUGUCUUGUUGUUAAAAGUGGCCAAGGUCUGUUUGGAGGAAACACUGUGUCUGUAGGCAGAGACUGGCAGUGCCUGCAGGAUGGCUCUUCUGGGAUUCUGCAGAGCAGCUCUGUUUGCCAGGGGGAGAACGGGGGGCAGGGGGCAGUCAGGAGGGAGCUCCCCCAUUUUUUAAAUGCCAAAUCAAUGUCCAUUUCGGAUGGUUAUUCAGGGUCUGCCUUCCUAUUGCGAGGAUAUGGCUGGAGGGGGGAUGUUGCUUGUUUUAAUUGAUCUACCUGAGGUGCUGCCUCUCCCUUCCCACCUCCCCAGAGCACAAGAGGGCUGGUCCCUUUCCCCAAGCCCAGGGUCUGGUGUUAAGAGGGCAAUGGUCAAAGGUUACAGGUUACCUAUUAAGAGGCCGAAAAUGCUGGGUGGGAGGGGGUAUUAACUGUAACGUCACUUUUAUAAGCAGGUGGGUGGGUGGAUGGGUUUGUCCACUUUCAGUCCAAACCCUUAUACAGGGGGCAGGAUGGAGUGGCACAUUAUUAUUACUAUUAUUUUACUAACCCUGCUCCUGUCGUCGACGCAGAAACUUAGCAGGGAAAGCUGUCCAUGACACAGAGAGAGUUCCGGAAAAGCUUCUGCUGCUUAAUUUCUGCACCUCAAGCUGUUGUUUAAAGUCACAGGAGCAGGGACAAAGCUGGCAAAAUCCUAAAUCUCAUUUAGAGAAGGAUGGGCAGGAAUAAGGGCUGCGUAUUACAGGAAGGGCCUGGUGGGUGGGGGGUGGGCAGGAUAUCACUCACCACCUUAUUUAAUGUAGGAUGCACCAAUCUGUUCCCACAUUCAGAGGAAGAACGAGCUCACAAGCCGGAUAAGAACCUCUUCAGGAAAGUGCGUGUACGUUCAGGGCGGGGAGUCUGUCGUCGGCCCCAAAUACUUGAUCACAGAAUUGCAGAGUUGGGAAGGAUCUUGGAGGUUCCUUAUUUCUUGAAAGGUGGGGGAAAGAGUCUUCAGUUUUUGCCUUAUGAGCUCAGUAGGAUCCACUUUACUGGGCAAAUCUGUAUAAG